AAAACAGUGCAGAAGGAUGUUUUGAGUAUAUUUUACCUUCUAGCCGCGCAAUCAAUGCUUUUCUUUCCAAGCAAGCAGCGUUUUAAUCGUGCGUGGUUUUAUUGAGCAUUUAAAAAAGUGUUAUUUUUUUUUGUUUUAUCAUCAGGUCAAAAGCAUGAAAUAGAAUCGUACGUAGUACAAAUUUAUCGGCACAAUCUGAUCAAGGACGGAGGCAUCAUCAAACGGAAACUACGCGAGAAACUUUUCGAAGAGAUACAACUGCGCCGCAACACUCGUGUCAAAAUGGACGAGUUGGGCUGGGUGUUGAUGAACCACGAUUUGAUAACACGUAAUGAGCCAAACCAACAGCAUGCCAAUAGUAAUCGACCAAAUAAUUUUAAAUUCAACAUGGAGCGGUUGCGAAACCUACUGGAGCAGCACGAACAGAACAAUCACGCUGGUGGAGUUGACUUCCAAAAAGCAAAACAAAUUCCUGCGUAUGCUGGAUGCAAUUUUACAAAACGACAAAGUUUUGAAGGAAAUUAAAGAGAUGGUAGUGGCGAAUCGACUUCUAUCGGAAAUUCAUUAUGUGACUACGGUGGAACGUAUCCUGAAACACAAUUUGGACCCCUCUUUGCGCUGCUGCUUUGUAUGCCGAGAGUAUUUCCACACUGCCGAUGAGUAUACCAGUUAUUUCCAAAAAUUGCACGGUGAGAAAUUUCUUAUUGUUGCGGCGGUGGAUCGAUUUCAGACUAGUCAAAAGUUCAACGUUCUACAUCACUACAAUGUCCUUAAUCCGGUGACAAUAUUCACGAUUUGCAACGUAUACCACACAGCCCUAAUAAAAAAAACAAGAAAAGACGGGUCUAAUAUUUUACAAUACAGAACAAAUCUACCACUUUCCACGAAAGUCGGAGAACCACUAUAUCGGUUCGACAUGGAAUGGCUAAUACAUAUAAGGCAGAAAAAAAGGUUUAACUUUGGAAUUCAACAUCCUAUAUUUCCUCGUACCAUUAAGUUCAUGGCGCAUUUGAUGUCGGUCAUCGUAGCUGCUGCUAUGGAAAUAACGUGAGAAUAUACCUUGAUUUUUCUGAGGUUUCCAAUUCGAUUGGCCAUAGAAAAUAUUCCAUUUAUGAAGUCUAUCUCCAUCUCGGAGAAAAGUGUGGUAAACAAUGUCCGGGUUAUUUUUCGU